ACAGUCCCUCCUAUCGGCAGCCUCACAGCAACACCACAGUCCGUCCACAUGCAGCCACGCAACAUUAGACACGCACGCCAUAAACAACACGCACUUGAAGGCAGCAUUGCUCAGUCCUGCCCUACCAGGAAGACGAGGAGGACCUAAAGACAAAACACGCAGAUUCCCGUGGAAUUCCCCCUUCUUCAUGCAUCACUAUAUAACAGGAACAGAGGUGAAGAGGCCCCAAAAACAAAGGAAGACACUCUUUCUAUCACUGCACAACAACCACAACAAUGGAGAGUCAGGAGGUGGGGGAUUUACUGGAGGAGUGUCUCAAUACAGCAGCAGCAGCAGCAGCUCAUCAACAGUCCUCACAGUCCACUGAGGCAGCGAGGCAGAAUUACCACAGCUGCAAAGGCUCGCUGUGUGCAGAACUGGCCUCCCUCCUGCAGGAGGCGAUGGACAUGAAGUGGCCCUUUGUGCCAGAGAAGUGGCAGUACAAGCUGUCCGUCAGUGCCAAAGACAAAACCAACCUUAAUGACCUGAUCAGCGAGCACCUACCACAGCUCCUGGCUGUUCUGAAGGCCUCCAUCAUGGCUCAGGAAGCGCGCACAGCACAGGCAGUGGUUUUCUUAGUGGACCGUUUCCUCUACUGGACAGACGAGUCGAGUCGCCUGCUCAAGAUCACAAAGCUGCUCCACAGAUGCCACCCUCACACUCCCGUGGCCCCCCAGCUGGUCAUACGACAAGCCAGGGUCUACCUCAACUCUGGCAAACUGCAGAAGGCAGAGUACAUCCUGAGUCGUCUUAUUAACAGCAGCGGAGCCACAGGUUGUUGGUUGUACCACUCUGAAAGUGACAGGGCUCUUGUGCAGGCUGUCAGCGUUCAAGUCCGUGGGAUGAUUUUGCAAAAGCUCGGCCUGUGGUUACAGGCUGCAGAGUUGAUCUGGGCCUCUCUGGUCGGCUACUACUCCCUUCUUCAGCCUGAUAAAAAGGGCAUUUCAACUUCACUUGGAAUACUGGCCAACAUAUUAGUGUCAAUGAAUGACGAGGACUUUCGUGCCUUUAGGACAAAUCAAAAUAUCGAUUCGCAAUCUUUACUUGGGAGCGUUAGCCAUCGCCUUCUUUCAGCGGCACAGGCAGCAAAGAUGGCAGUGGUUUACAGCCAGUACACUUCACUGUAUGUGUUGACUAAUGUGGCAACUCAAGGAACCUGCUUGUUAUCAUACAGUUUUUCAACUGAGUGCCUUGACUCGCAAAGGGAGUCUUUCCUCCAGCAGGCCAGAGAGGCAUUUGCAAUCGGUCUGCUCACCAAAGGGGAGGGUGAGCAGGUCACAAGCCAGCAAGAGCUCCACACCUUCCUCAAAGCUGCCUUUUCCCUUACUGUCACUCAUAAAUGGCUUGGCACUCCCCAGGAGGUUGUGGUUCAGGCGACACAAGCUUGCCAAGAAGCUUUAGCCAACUUCUAUGAUUACUGCCAUGCAGAUAAGCAAGACAAAGAUAGCCUCUGUGCUGCGAUCAUGCGCUCGGUCACCCGGGUCAAGCAUCUGCUGCAAGUGGAGCCCUUCAUUAAUUCGGAUAUGGCGUCUUUUAUUCCUGACAGCUACAGGGAUAUCAAAGACACUUCAGUAAAUUUCACUCUGGCAAGUUUCUCGAAGGUGAUGCAGAGAUUUCAGAAGUUCCAUGCGUCACUAUGCAAGACAACCAACCGAAACUGUAAAAGCAACAAAGAUGAGAUGGAUGGGGCAAGGCUGUGUAUAACUGCAUUGGGGACAACCCUUGGUACACUUAACACAGAAUGUGGCACCGAGGCUUUAAAAGUGUCCAAAGCUACACCCGAAGGAGAAGAGCCACAUCAUAGAGGUGGGGAUUCAUCAGCUGUGCAUCCACAGCAAAAUCCCAACCAGUGCCCCACUCUAGGAAGCACUGAUGACCUUGGCUCGUCAUGGCAGAACUUUUCUUUGAGUAGUUCUGGUUUCUCUUGGCCCAGCAGCAGUGGGAACACAGGAAGUGGUGUCUUAGGAGGUGGAGCAAAUACAAGAGGUCAUAACAAUCUGACCACUGAGGUUGAUGAAGAAAAAGCAGACAGCAUGUUUCAGUUCCCUGAUAAAAACAAGAAGAGAGACUUGAAUGGGUAUAGCUCCAGUGUAAAUUCUAGUCCAUUUCCCAGGUUCACUGCAUCCGCCACUUCCUCGUCGAAUGUGAGUAGUGAUUCAGAGAAAUUUGAAGUGAUGCAAGCUGGAGUAGAAACACUAGACACUGACGACUGGAUGCUCACUGGUGCUGGAUUGGCACAGAAACCGACGAGUGUUGAAGGAGAACCACAAUCCCUGUCUGAGCUAACUCUCAGAACGUCCUCCAGCUCACUCAACAACAGUCUCAGUUCCCAGUCAUCAUGGGAGAAACUGUUCACUGACAUUAAUUCCCCCACAAGCGGAAAACCUCAACCCACUGGACUAUCAAAAGCAGGAACCAGCCAAAGUAGCAAGUCACAGGAGUCAGACGGGAGCUUCUGUCUCUUGGAAACACUUGAUUCUGAAACCAGUGAUGUCGCUCGUGAUCCCACAUUCAAGGAUCAUACAUCGAGCGGGGAAUUUGGAGCAUCUUCUAAGCCACAAAACCCAAACAAUGACACAGCUGACUCUGUGAGACCUGCUGCCAAGAGUUCUUCAGCAUCCCCUCACCCAAAUAUGUCCCUGUGUGCCUCCACUGAAAUGUCCACAGACAUUUCAUUUGAGAUGGUGGAGGUGAAUGAAGUCUCCUCUUCAGAAAAAGGGGAUUCCACUCAGGUGAAGAACCCCUUGUGCUUCAGCUGCCUGAUGCACAGCACCAAUGGCAAUACCCCAAAGAGGCAAUAUUUGUUGUCACACAAGGAUUACCGAGCCCUUCUGGCUGGUGUUUGCCAUGAAUGUUUGCUCAAGAGGUUACACAGUGAUGCAGUGCAAUUCAAACUUAAGGAUGACAAAACUUCCUACAGUGCUCUUCAGCUAAAGUUCUCCAAGGCUAAUGGACUGUGGACAGCGAGGGAGACCUGUGUCUACAUCGGAGAGCCAAUGGGGAUGCAGGGCAAGCAGAGAACAGCAAUAUGGGUGCAGUUUUUACACCAGGAGGAGCGGCUGAGCAGUUACGUGGGCAAGGACUAUCUGAAACCGAAGCAAAUCCAGUUCCACCUGAGAGAUGUGGAGCGACAGAUGACAGCCCAGUACUACGUGACCGAGUUUAACAAGAGGCUCUACGACAAAGAUGCCAUGGCCCAGAUCUUCUUCAUACCCUCGGAAGCACUGCUGAUUUUGAAUGAACAUGAGAUUGUGGGCUGUGUGACGGUGGAGCCCUACAUGCUCGGUGACUUUGUCAAACUAACAAACAACAAAGAGAAGAAGGACGAGCGUUUCCAGGCAACAGAAUAUGGCCUCGCUUUCGGACACUUCACCUACCUGUUCUCUGACCGCCAGGAAGUUGUUGUCGACCUGCAAGGAUGGGUGACCGCCAAUGGCAAAGGGCUGACCUACCUCACUGACCCGCAGAUCCACUCCACGAAGGUUCCUCGGGGUCCCUCCAACUUCUCUGCCCGAGGCCUCAGGUACUUCCUGGAGCAGCAGCAUGGGCCAGAGUGCAAUGGCAUUUGCGAGCUGCUCAACCUCCCUCCAGUGGUCGGUGGGUCACAUGUUCUACCCUAAAAAGAGAAAAGAUAUUAUGUCAGUGAUGCUGUGUGAGCAGUUUCUGAGACUAGAACCGUUGAGCUAAACUACACUCACUUUACUGUGCGUACUCGUCUGUCCAUUACUCAGGAACUACCCAACUGAUUUCUACUCAGUUUUGUGGGCAAAAUAAGGCAUUUCAGGUACUGAUAUAGGUAUUUGCACUUGCAGCAAUUUUUAAUUUAUCAUAAAUAACAAUAAAAUAAUGUAUUUUCCGUUACCUAGUCCUAGAUACACCUGGUAACAUCGGGUUUUGUUUUUGAUAGCCAUAGAAUAUCAGAAAAGAUAUUAACUGAAUCAAUAUUUCUGCAGUGCUUAAAGAACACUAAGCAAAUUAAAAGUAAAAUCCUCGAAUUUCUGAAUGUUGUACUCGGCUAUAAACUGUUAACAAUGUGGUACCCGUGUUAACAUGGGUGUUAUUUUUGUUUUGCACUGUAGAAGAAUUGUUAUAUGUAUAUAAACAGAUUAUUUGCCUGGAAUAGUUUUUACACAGUGUUUUACACAGUGGAAUGCCUGUGUUGCUUUGUUUGAUUAAAAAAGAAAUAAAAAUGUUUGUAUAUGUUU